AUGCGUUGCAACGUGCUGCUUCUUAUCUUAUUUGGAGCUUGUGAAGCCUUUCCUUUUAUUGCUUUGGUACCAUUCUCAGUAGCAAUAACAGGAAUAAUUUACAAGGAAAGCCUUAGUUGCUUAUUGCAUGAAUGCUGUUCUGGAGCUGUGUAUUUCAAUAAGACAAGUUUGGAACGAUCUUUAUGGGAUGAGUUACAUGGCCAGCAUAUUGCAUCUCAACGUAUAUACCACCACAUUUUGGAUUACAUGAGCGGUGGUUUGCCACAGAAGCCUCUGGCGUUGUCAUUUCAUGGCUACACAGGUGUCGGAAAGAAUUUUGUUGCCAAUAUUAUUGUCAAUAAUAUCUUAAAGUUGGGAACGCGCAGUAGAUUCUAUCACUUCUAUGAUACAACCAUACACUUUAAGCAUUCAAGUCAGAUAUCAGAAUACAAGGAACGCCUUUAUCGAGAGCUUCACGCAGCUGUAUCAGAAUGUCCUACAUCAAUAUUUGUUUUUGAUGAAAUGCAUAACAUGCCCAAUGGGAUAUUGGAUAUAUUAGCACCUAUAUUAGAAGAGAUCAAUAUUCAUUUUUUAAGUAAUGCUGGGGGCAAUUAUAUCAAUCGGCGUACAUACGAGCAUCUGGUGAGUGGAAAGAAACGUGAGGAUCUGCGUUAUACAGAUGUUGAUCGUGUUUUGGCCAAAUCAGCAUUUAAUAAUGAAGGUGGACUUCAGUACUCUGAACUGAUUUCAAAACAUCUUAUCACAGCUGUGGUACCAUUCCUGCCAUUACAACCUACUCAUGUAAGAAAAUGUAUACAAGAUGCUGCCAGAAAGCGUAAUGUCACAUUUUCUGAAGAUAUGGUACAAUUUGUCAUGGAUGAACUUGAGUGGGCACCUGAAGGGAGUAACUUUUUCUCUGUUUCUGGCUGUAAAAGAGUCUAUGAAAAAGUUGGAUUUUAUGUGCAACAAAUUUAA